UCAUCUCACUUUUGUCUUUACCCUCCCUCCUCUUUCCCAAACCUCCCCAUUCCUCUCUCUCACUCUACCACAUUCUAAAUCUAGGGUUUCAUUCCCUCUUCACCCGUUUCUCUUGAUGUGCUUUGACUGCAGUUGAGCAGCUGUUGAAUAAGAGCUGAGAAUUUGAGUGCUUGGUUACAGAUUUGCAAUUUAGGCUGGAAAAGAGGCAAAGACUGUGUUUUAUAGGUUGAAAUAGUCUCAAGAAUUGGAUCUUUAGUGGAAUUUUGGCAAUUAAAUGAAUGGAUGGGAGAGAAGGGAUGACAUUACAAGGGUCAGCUUCAUAUUACCUCAAUAGAGGGGGAAUUGGUGGUUCUGGUGGUUCAGGGCCUGGCCACAAUGUUCAUGGUGCUGGUGGGGGUUCAGCGACUGCACAGGGUGGUGGGAUAAACACACAGUCUGUUUUCAAGUCUCAUUCUAAUCCUAACAUUCAAGUGCAUCCAAAUGUAGGGAUCAGUGGAGGUUCUGUGAGUGGUUCAGCAUUCCAUGUUGAGAACCCCUCAUCCAAUUUUGCUCAUGGAAUGAGUGAUAGAAUGAAUAUGUCUAUUGUUUCUAGUUCUCCCCGGGGUGGGGAGAUGGUGAAGAAGAAAAGGGGCAGGCCUAGGAAAUAUGGCCCUGAUGGAGCUAACAUGUCUUUAGGACUGUCCCCAAUGCCUGCCUCCACCCCUCCCUCCGAGACUACCCCUGGUGAAAAACCACGCAGAGGCAGGCCACCAGGAACUGGGUGGAAACAGAAACUUGCUCCACUUGGUGACUGGAUGAACAGUUCUGCUGGACUAGCUUUUACUCCACAUGUGCUACACAUUCAAGCUGGAGAGGAUGUUGCGGCAAAAAUAUUGGCAUUUGCACAACAGAGGCCAAGAGCUUUAUGCAUCUUGUCAGGUAGUGGAUCUGUUUCUGCAGUGACACUACGCCAACCUACAAAUACUGGUGGCACUGUAACAUAUGAGGGCCGUUUCGAGAUACUAUGCUUGUCUGGUUCUUACUUGGUCGCUGAAAGUGGUGGUCCACGCAAUCGAACUGGUGGUAUAAGCAUUUCUGUCUGUAGUCCUGAUGGCCAUAUGAUUGGCGGUGCUAUAGGCGGUAAGCUCAUCGCAGCAAACCUCGUGCAGGUGGUCGCAUGCAGCUUUGUGUACGGUGGUACAAAGGCAAAGAGCAAGGCUGAGUCCGGAUCAACAGAUGAGAAAUACCUGCUAGAACAACAAUCUGCUGAGCAUUCAUCAACUCCACACACUGCUGCUCCAACCCAAAAUCUCACUCCUAAUUCCGGAACAAGCGUUUGGCCUCUCAGCUCACGGCUGGACAUCAGAAACUCCCAGGGAGAGAUUGACCUGACACGCGGAUGAGAACAAGCUCCAGUAGACACAUUGCAGUGUUUUGUAUAUAUGUGUUGUAAAUGGAACGCGCCAGGGACCAACUGACUCUGAACUCACCGUCUCCCUCCUAGCUGACGGUGUGUUGCUAACAUACCCAUCCUGUAACAAAUUCUCGUCCCAGGUUCUUGAAAAUUAGCAGUAGUAGAGAAUCUUACAAUUGUCGGAAGUAAAGGGACUUGUCGUCACUGUAAUAUUUUAAUUGUUGUCUGCAAAAAGGAGGUGUCAAUGUUAAACUGACAGGAUUCCUUUGUCCUUGUCGAUCCCUAACCCCAUGAUCCUGUAAUGUUAACAUGGAUAUUCAGGCUACAGAUACGUUCCUGUUGUUACUGUGCCACGACGACAGUUUCUGCCUUAUGGUUAUGAGCAUUGAGAUUCUUUGGUGUA